AUGGAGGAGGACACAGUGAAGCUGAUCAGCGCCGAGGGCUUCGAAUUCGUGAUCGACAAGAAGGCCGCUAUGGUCUCGCAGACCAUCCGCAACAUGUUCACCUCCCCAGGUGCGUCGUGGCUCUGCACGCCAUUCCCUCCCUCCUGGUGAAUUUCCCCCUGUGUUCUCAUGUGCAUUAGAUUGAACAUGGGGGAAAUCGAAGGUGAAGGAUUCUUCGCCAGUUUCAGUAGUUUCCACAUCUCCUGUUGCCGAUUCGUGGAGUUGUACCCCGUAAUGGCAGGUAACUUCUCGGAGACGCGGCUCGGGGAGGUGACGUUCCCGGAAAUCAGUACGCCGAUCCUUGAGAAGAUCUGCCAGUACUUCUACUGGCACUUGCAAUUUGCGAGGUGCGCUAUUCCCCUGCAUUCUUUCUCCGAUAUGUCAACGGCUCCGACCCCAGACAUUUAUGUUCAUUUGUAUUUACUCUUCCCGAGAGAAUCUAUGUCUAUCUUUCUAUUUCGUCUGUUUCUCCAGAAUAUUUAUUUUCUGGAAAAAAUUCCUGGGAUAAAGUAUGGUGCUUCUUUUUUUUUGCGUGGGAAACAUCUGAGAGGUUUUCCAUUCGUUAAUCUUUUAUAUAUUGUAUCAAAGGAAUUUAAUCUUCAGUUUUUAGCUGCAAAUUACGCAGUGUCUUUCAACUCAUGCGAAACCAAAGCGACUUGAAAAUCUUAAUCGAUGAUGCGGCGACUAGUGGGACCAACUUUUACGACGGAAGUCACAUUUUUGUGACGCAACAUGGAUCUUAAAUGUCCUUAAUCUAUUGAGUUUCCUAUAUUUAAAUCAUUCAGGGAAUAGUGUAUGCCCAUUUUGAAAGGUGGUCUUAUUCCCUGCCACAGAACCUAAUGGCAUAUAUCGCUCAGCAAAUAUUGGCUGAUUGAUCUAUGACGUGAUGUAGACAAUUAUGUAUUAAUAUGAAGUCAUUCUUCGUGCGUUCAUGUGGCAUGUACAGACAGCCACUAAGCUGUCUCUAUGUCUGUUUGUCACAUUUCAAAGUUUGAUUUACUUUCUCCUUGGAUCUAAAAAGAAAAAUUCAUCAAGCUUGAAAGCUUAUUUUCAGCAUCAUGGGGAAUAGUCCAUCUUAGGCCAAAAUUGAACUUGUGAGAUGCAUUGCCCUUUUGCACCAUGUCAUUCACCCUCUUAUGAGACUUAUGGGGAUCAGAUGUAAUAUAUUCAAUUUAGCGAUUGCUAAAUCUGAAUUAUUUAUGAUUCAUCUCUAAUGCAAGAUGUCUCUGUUGUUAAACACGUAAAUAUCUCCAGUCUACAAUUGCUUCUGCUCUGCUUUCUAUUCUUCUCUGUCCAAUAAUUGGAUUCCAAUGAAAAGAUAUUUUUAAUGCGGUGGAAGAUAAAAAUAUACAUAUUUGAUCAAUUUUUCGUGAUCUUUUACAAACAUUUGAGCAUUCUCUUGGAACUGGAGAUUUAUGUUCCCUUAUUCCUUUGCUACACUAUUUUGGAUUGGGACGAUAAUUCAUCCACCUUUUUUUGGAGUUCCGUUCUUUCUUUUACCCAAGAUUAGAGGAAUGGAAAGAUUUUAACCUAUGAUGAUUUCUUGUGUAAUUUUCCUGGAAUUCAGAGUUUUUAUUAAAAUAAGACAAUGCUUUGCAAACUGGAAACGUUUGUUAUCUUCUUUAACUAUUUUAUUACUUCCCAGAAAAUAAAGUACAGUUUACUUAUGGGACACUAUAAAAAUUGAGAAGAAAUCCCAUGUUUACCUGAACCCUUGAGGCAACUGAGUCUCAAAAGUAUGUUCCUUUCCACGAUAUAUGUAGUUAUAACAAAAUCCAACAGAAGGAUUGUACACUGUAAUCAUAAUAUCCUUUAUAAUAAGGCCUUACUAUGAAUUUAAGAUCUUCAUUCGUUUUUUUACUUGUGAAUUUAAUUAUUAUGGUCGUAUUAAGUAAAUUUAUUAUUAGGCUCUGCUUAGCGUGUGUGAAGAAGGUACAUAUCUAUGGACGAGAUGGAAAAAUUGGCUGCCUUACAUGGUAUUGUAUGUUUGGUCAUAGGAACAUCGUUGCUCGGAAGGCAUUUAUUUUACUUUUGAAAUUGAAGAUGAUUAUUGUCUGCCAACCGUAUUAUUGUCAUGCGUCUUGUCUGUCAUUUGAAGAUUUAUAAUCACCUAAGAUCCCGUUUUCUCUGUUUAAAGCUUUAACGUGCGAAUGAAGCGUGUUAGAAAUAAUUAUUCUGCGGACUAAUUGGGUUUAUCAUCAGACAUGAAAAUCUAGAGGUGAAUACGAUAAGUUUUGUUGGGGUAUUUUUUUUUCUGAUGGACUUAUAAGGCUCUGAUAAAGACCUCUCUCUCUCUCUCUCUCUCUCUCUCGCUAGCAUACCACAUAGAUUAAUCCAGCUGCUUGAUUGAGAUUCUGUCUAGGACUAGCCUUAACCAUAAUUUUAAUCAACAAAGGGUAUACCUACUAUGAGAUCCCAGAAGAAGUUGGAAGAAGAAAUGAGAUGCCUGAGGGAAUAGAGUGUUCGUUUGGGGAUAAAUGGAGGAGCCCCAAACACAGAAAAAGUAUGAUUAUUUCUUAGCAUGUUAAACAUCAGUAUAUUUCUCCCAGUAAAUUUGUGAUACUAAUGUAUUGCACAGAAUAAGCGUUGCGCAACCAUUUUGUUCAGGUGCCCUGCCCAUGAACAAACCUCAGAAGCUAAGAACCGUAGCCCCAUAGUCCCUUAAAUCAAAUGUAUUGUGACUCCAGACACUUGAACACCCCCCACUCUUCCCGUUGGGAAAAAAAAACUAAGGGGAAUGAACACCAGCAACUGGAAGGCCCAGAGAUGCGAUCCAGAAAACACCAUCUUUUAGUUAACUAAUUGCAGCAUGAAACUUAGUAGCUCCAUUUUUCUUUGGAUUGAUUUCGUCUCGAACUUGAAAUCCAGUUCCUCAAACCUGUGAAUCUAUUCAUUCGUCAGUUUUCUACAAUGUAUUGUGAUAUGAUGCUGCGGUUCCCAUUAAAUGCAAGUCCAGCUGGGGAAGUAUGAUCCCCCAGUGAUGUGAAAUAACACCAGAAAAAAAAGAAAAAAAAAAGUCAGAAUCUCUCCCAGAGAUUUACCAUAGAUAUCAGCCUCACCCCGCUAUGGAACCUCGCAUGCGAUGAUCUUCUUCCUAAAAACUCGUCUGAUUUCAGUAACAUAUCUGCUUGCAGCGGGAAGGAGUCCGAAUUCCACAUCGAACCCGAGAUAACCCUGGAGCUGAUGAUGGCGGCCAACUACCUUCACACCUGA